UUAUAAACCAAGCCACACCUUUGUCUGGACUUGUUUGGGAGCAGAGUUACUGAAAGAAAAAAGAGGGAGGAGGGAGAAAGAAGCCAGCAUAUUUGAAAGAUCACUCAGCCAUAACACACCUUUGCUGGGGCGGGAUAAAAAGUGUUCGCUGCACAUUUUUAGAAGAAGAAGAAAACAUCAGGGGAAAAGAGAGGGGGGCCAUCUAAAGCAGUUCUCCAUUCCUUCAGGAAAGCAAUCCAGGUGGCUAUGAUAUGGAUGGAACCAAGAAAGGCCGGAGAGAAGGCUCUGAAGUUACAGAAAGAGUUAUCACUGAAACAGUAACCACAAGACUUACAUCUUUGCCACCAAAAGGAGGAACCAGCAAUGGAUAUGCUAAAACGUCAUCUCUCACUGGAGGGAGUAGGCUGGAAAAGCAGAGUUUAACACAUGGCAGCAGUGGCUAUAUAAAUUCUACUGGAAGUUUAAGAGGGAAUGCUUCUACAUCCAGCUACAGGAGGGCUCAGUCUCCUGCCUCUACACUCCCGAAUUCACCAGGCUCAACCUUUGAAAGGAAAAGUCACGUCACCCGCCAUGCAACAUAUGAAGGGAGCUCCAGUGGGAAUUCUUCUCCAGAAUACCCUCGGAAGGAACUUGGAUCUUCUUCCACCAGAGGACGGAGCCAGACUCGAGAGAGUGAAAUUCGUGUUCGCCUGCAAAGUGCUUCCCCAUCUACCAGAUGGACAGAAUUGGAUGAUGUGAAACGUUUGCUCAAGGGAAGCCGAUCAGCCAGUGCAAGUCCCACUCGGAACUCCUCCAACACACUUCCCAUCCCCAAGAAAGCCACUGUGGAAACCAAGAUGGUGACCGAGAGCUCUCAGUCAGUAUCAGGCACUUAUGACACGACUAUCGUGGAUGCUAACCUCCCCUCCUACAUGUGGUCCUCCACCUUGCCUGCGGGUUCAUCCAUGGGAGCUUAUCACAACAACAUGACAGCCCAGAGUUCUUCCCUUCUCAAUACAAAUGCUUAUUCAACAGGAUCAGUGUUUGGUGUUCCCAACAAUAUGGCUUCCUGCUCACCUACUCUCCACCCUGGGCUCAGCACCUGCUCCUCAGUGUUUGGUGUCCAGAACAACUUGGCUCCCAGCUCCUCCGCUCUGGCCCACGGAACCACCACCACCACCACUUCUACAGUGUACGGUGUAAAGAAAAACACAACCCAGUCCCCUGCUGUUGUAAGCACAGGUGUGAGCACUUCUGCAGUAGGUACCACCGGUUCCUACAGCGACGAUCUGCUACGCAAGGACUGCAAGUUCUUGCUGCUGGAGAAAGACAAUGCCCCAGCCAAGAAAGAGAUGGAGUUGCUUAUCAUGACCAAGGACAGCGGGAAGGUCUUCACUGCUUCCACCACCGGGCUCAGUACAACUUCAUUCUCAGAAGACACUUUGAAGAAAGACAAGCAAGCAAUCUCAUCCUCCUAUGCGUCUGACUCCUGUGUCAAGUCUGAAGCUAACGGAGGCCUGAAGGUCGCAUCCACCAAGGACAAAGCCACGUACGCAGAAAUCCAAGGGGACGACCGUGGUUUCGGUGGUACAGGAGGAGGAGGAGGAGGCGGCGGCGGCGGGGGAGUAGGAUUUGGGGCUGCCCCUGCCUGGUGUCCCUGUGGCUCCUGCUGUAGCUGGUGGAAGUGGCUACUGGGCCUGCUCCUGGCCUGGCUGUUACUUCUUGGAUUGCUUUUCGGACUCAUUGCUUUGGCGGAGGAGGUGAGGAAGCUGAGAGCUCGUGUGGAUGACCUGGAGAAGAUCAACACGAGCAUGUUUAAACACGAAGACCGGAUCAGCAAAGACCGAAGCUACGCUGUCUCUCACGUUGGCGGGGGGACCGGGGAGCUGGACAGCCACAACCAGGAGGCUCUCUGGGCUUUUGUGAAAAGCAGGCUGCUGCUGGAACAGGAAAAAGGAAAUCUUCGAGGAAACCCUGGACCAAAAGGUGAUAUGGGAAUACAAGGUCCAAAAGGAGACCGAGGGCUUAUUGGAGUUCCAGGUGUCCCAGGGAUUAUGGGCCAUCCAGGCCCAGAAGGACCAAAGGGACAGAAAGGCAGUGUGGGGGAACCUGGCCUGGAGGGAAUCAAAGGUCAGAGAGGACAAGAAGGUCCAUCAGGGCCUCGUGGUGAACCAGGACCCCCUGGGUCUGGAGAGAAAGGAGACAGAGGUGUUCCUGGUAAUCCAGGUCCUCACGGCCCCCCUGGUGUCCCUGGAUCUGUUGGUCCCAAAGGUUCCAUGGGUGCCCCAGGACCUCAGGGUCCCUCAGGUCCUUCUGGUAUCCAAGGCUUCAGAGGAGAAGCUGGUCUCCCUGGUGCCAAAGGUGAGAGAGGACCAAUGGGACCCCCAGGACCCAAAGGGGAUCCGGGCGAGAAAGGAUCUCGAGGUCUCACAGGAGAACCUGGCUUAAGAGGUCUUCCUGGUGCAACCGGUGAACCUGGGGCUAAAGGAGCAGUGGGUCCAGCUGGUCCAGAUGGACACCAAGGCCCAAGAGGUGAACAAGGUAUUACAGGGAUGCCUGGAAUCCGUGGCCCACCAGGACCAGCAGGAGAAGGAGGAAAACCAGGCCUCACAGGACCCCAAGGACCUCCAGGACUUCCUGGGACCCCAGGCCGACCAGGAGUUAAAGGUGAUACGGGCACUCCAGGCAGGAUUGUUACUUCAGAGGGAACAUCAACAGUCACUGUUCCAGGGCCUCCAGGACCACCAGGAUCCAUGGGACCCCCAGGUCCACCUGGCCUUCCAGGACCUAUUGGCCCGGCUGGUCUCCCAGGACAGCAAGGUCCCCGAGGGGAGAGAGGCAUCCCAGGGGAAUCAGUGAUUGAAAGCAGUUCUUCUUCGGGGGUUGUUUCGGCUCCUCACACUGCUCAAUUGCAAGGACCCCCAGGACCCCCAGGACCUCCAGGACCACCAGGAGCUUCCAUCACAGGCCCUCCAGGACCCCGAGGUCCAGCAGGGGAAGGCCUGCCAGGACCACCUGGACCUCCUGGAAGUUUCCUUACAAACUCAGAAACCUUCUUCUCUGGUCCCCCUGGCCCACCUGGGCCCCCUGGCCCCAAGGGAGAGCAAGGUUCUCCUGGACCACGAGGAUACCAAGGGGACCCCGGCCUUCCAGGACUCUCUGUCUCAGGUUCAGACACUCUGGGAGUCGCUCUACAAGGUCCACCUGGCCCACCUGGUAUUCAGGGAGUUCCAGGGCCUAAGGGUGACAAAGGCGACCCUGGUGUCCCAGGUGCUCCUGGAAUCCCCGGAAGCCCCUCUCGAGGAGGAUCAUCAAGUUCUAGAGGACUCCCAGGCCCCCCUGGUCCCCCUGGCCCCCCUGGUUCCAUCAGCAGUUCCAGAAGGGAGAUUCAGCAGUACAUCUCUGAUUACAUACAAAGUGACAGCAUCAGAAGUCACCUGUCAGGAAUUCAGGGUCCCCCUGGUCCUCCAGGGCCUCCAGGACCUGUCACCACCAUUAGUGGGGAAACUUUUGACUACACCGAGCUGGCAAGUCGAGUCAUGAACUACAUACGGAAUUCUGGGUACAAUUCAGGCUCCUUUUCCUCUAUUUCCUCUGAAGACAUCCUGCUUGUGUUGCAAAGAGAAGAAGUGCGCCAAUAUCUCCAGCAAUAUCUGAUGGGUUCUCGUGGACCUUCUGGACCAUCAGGAGCUGGUGGAGACGGGUUCCUACAGUCUCUGGACUACGAAGAGCUGACCAACCGCAUCCUAAGCUACAUGAGAAGUACUGGGAUUAGCAUUGGACUCCCAGGUCCCCCGGGGCCCCCGGGUCUUCCAGGAACUUCCUACCAGGAGCUGUUGUCUCUGCUCCGAGGAUCUGAAUUCAGCGGCAUUGUCGGACCCCCUGGACCCCCAGGACCCCCAGGACCUUCUGGCAGCUCCUGGUCCAGUCUCAGUAUGGAAGAGCUUUCAUCUUACCUGCAGAGCGCAGGCCUCUCCUCAGUCUCGGGCCCUCCUGGCCCCCCCGGUCCUCCAGGCCCGCGCGGACCUCCUGGGGUUUCAGCAGCCCUGGCAACCUAUGCGACCGAGAACAGCGAUAGUUUCCGGAGCGAGCUCAUCAGCUACCUCACGAGUCCGGAUGUCCGGAGCUUCAUCGUGGGACCUCCGGGCCCCCCCGGGCCUCAGGGCCCUCCAGGAGACAGUCGGCUAGGGGAGGCCGGCGGCUACUACGGCCGGGGCGGCAGCAGCUCCUACGGCUCUUCCGCCAGCCGCAGUACCUCCUACAGCUCCUCCCUGGGGCUAGGAGGAUCCAACGGAGGAGCCUCCUUAGGUGGCGGAGCGGCCUACGGAGCGGCCUUGGGCGACGGCGGCCCCUAUGGCACAGACGUGGGCGCUGGCGGAGGCGGCGCGUACGGCCCUGACGGCCGAGCCUUCGGUGCGGGCUUCGCUGGGGAUCUGGAUUACAACGAACUGGCCGUGCGCGUGUCAGAGAGUCUGCAGCGUCAGGGUUUGCUACAAGAUAUGGCUUACACUGUACAAGGACCUCCAGGCCAGCCUGGGCCCCAGGGCCCUCCCGGCAUCAGCAAAGUAUUUGCAACCUACAGCAAUGUGACUGAGGACCUCAUGGACUUCUUCCGAAUCUAUGGAACAAUUCCAGGACCAAAGGGAGACACAGGGUUUCCAGGACCCAAAGGUGAAAGAGGACCAGCUGGUAAUCCUGGUAGACCCGGACCUCCAGGCCCCAGAGGACAAAAAGGAGACAAGGGAGAUAAAGGAGAACAAGUCUAUGUUGGCAGGAGGAAGAGGAGAAGCAUUGCUGUCAAACCAUAAAGACAGAUUCACUCAAUAUUAAAGCAUGCUGAGCUCGUUCCUGGACAAGGGUGGGCUAAAAGUCUACUAGCUUCCUUUUAGGACAUCUUAGUCAAACAACCAAAUAGUCUGGGUCAAGAAAUAUAAGUCUCAUAAUUUGACAUGGCCUCACUGCUGCUGACUUUGGCUCUGUGGGUAAUUCCUGAGGCUGGAUAAACCUAAAGUAACAUUUUGGGGACAUAGCUAGUCCUUAGUCCCGAGCUCAUAUUUCAUAGCCACUUGGGAGUUUACAACAAACACUUCCCAAGUGCCAAUCAAGGGAAAUAAUGGACUCAAAUUAUCCUGUGCCUUUCAGUCAUGAUUCCAGGGAUUUUUUACCUUUGCUUUGCCUUAACUUUUAACUGGUUUUGAGUUGAAGAGACAGCGAGUCUUCUUUCUUGAAGUAGUUCUUGGUGGUGGGUGGCUUCACAGCUUUGUCCCAGUUAACAUGUCUAAAGUGUUUUGGGCUGUCCCCUGCCUGUGUUUCUAUUUGCUCUCCCUAGUCAAAGAGAAGAGAGCUAAGGAAAACGGAUCCACUUAAGUUACUGGGAAGACUAGAAAGCCACAGAAUUCAAUUCUCCUCUAGGAGGAGAUACACAGUUAAGCAGGGUUUCCAAUUUUUAUUAUUUCUUUUGAAUACAUUGUGUUUUUACUUGAACAAGAAAAAGUAACAUAUAUUUGACUAUCAUCUGACACCAAACAUCUUAUCUUCAUUUCCAUGAGCUCGUUAAGUUUUUAAUACACUAGAUACAAAAAGAGGUGACCAAAGAGCUCAUGGCAGAACUGGGGACCAAAGAUACUAGACAUUGAACAAAUUUCUUCAGUUCCAAAAUGCCUACCUACUUCUAACUAUGGGGGGAUGUGUGGGAAGCAGGGAGAACUGUCAGGAUCAGAUGAAUUUAAGCACCUUUAAAAAUUUUUUUUAACUUUUAAAACAUCUGUAUGUGGUCAAGUUGAAGUUGUUUCAAUUGUUAAUUUCCAAUUAAAAUGUAUUAAUUAUACAAUA